AGCUGCGCGACGACGCGACGCGGCGGUAGGAAAACACAAACAUUUUCGCUCUAUUUUGAGCACAACCGGCUGGCAAGGCCCCUUCAGUGUGCUUUAGUCGUUCAGCGGAAUCGGAUCCCUCGGUUAGUUCGUUCGUCGCAAACGUCGCAUUGAAGUUACCGUCCCUGUUAGUCAGAGUUGUGCGUUUCCACUUGGGGAGAAAUUUUCCGUUCAUUGAUCCGGCGGAACACGUUUGCGGUUACCAAGAAAAUACAGCACUGAAAGUAAAAAACAAAAUGGAAAACAAAGGCCAACCGUACCCGCCGCAUGAGCCCGGAUUUAUCCCGGUUCCCAAUCAACAGCCACCGCCACCGGCCGGUUAUCCGCAUCCACCGUACCAGCAGAGUUAUGACCAUCCUCCUCCACCACCGCCGUACGACGCCAAUGCCAAUAUGAUUCCGCCCAGUGGCGCACAUCCACAACCCACCUAUGUUCACACUAUUGUCUCAUCACCCCAGGUUGGUCCCGAUCCGGCUUCAAUCACCUGCCCCUCCUGCCAGAAGCACAUCGUCACCCGCCUGGACUACGAAACAUCGACCAAAACUCACAUCUUCGCCGGAUUGCUGUGUCUCUUUGUCUGCUGGCCCUGCUUCUGGAUUCCCUAUGUGAUAGAUUCGUGCAAGAAUGCCAACCACUACUGCCCGAACUGUGGCGCCUACGUUGGAACUUAUCGAGGAUAACUUUCGAACCAUCAGCCGGGUUGAUGACUGACCACUAUUAGUACCACUGCGUAUGGCAGCAAUUAUUGUUGAUUAUGCAAUCAGAGGUGAUUGUUCAGUGAUGAUAGAGAUGUACGGUAUAUACUAUUAGCAAGGUAUUGAAUGCAAUUUGAUAGGAGUUGUGUUGUUUUAUAAUAGCUAGGAAGAUGCAUUUAUGCGAAGAAAACGAACAAGUGUAAUGAUCUUGGAAGUGCGUAUCAAAUUUGAGAAACUGUAUAGUGUAGUGUAACAAACUGUAACCAAACAAUUUCACAUGUGGACCACUUGAUAACUGUGUUAUGAAUGUACUAUGUAGAUAAUUUGGUAAAUAAAAGGCCAUAUUUAUAUCAUUUAAAAGAAA